CGUGGCACGCGAGCCAUCUCGAGGUUACAGGAGCGAGCGAGCAGUGAGCACAGUUUGCUGCGCUGUUUGAGGGGAGGCGAUCUUCUUGACGGCUUUGUGCAUCCAGCCGCCGAUGCUGUCUGCCGAGCCAGGCUUGAAACCCGUUACAUCGGCAGGUGUUCCGAGAGGCCGCGAAACGGCCGCAGCACCAGUCAACCAGUGCGCGCUUGUCGCCAUGUCGCGUCGCUCGAAGACACCCGGGUGGCAGUGCUGAAGCGGCGAGUUGCUGCCCGAUGGAUCGGGCAUUGAUUCAGGGCAUCAAGCGUCUGCGAGUGCUGACCCCGUACGACUAUGACAACAUGGAUGAACUCGUCCAGGACCUGACUAGUGCCCUUGAGGAGUCCUCCUCGUCUGCUCAGCAUCGCCACCCACCGCAGCGCAAGUGGUGCUCCAAGAAGGCUCUUUUGCCCCUGGACACUGCACGUCUGCCAGGGAGUGUGUCAUCUUCGACCACGUGCCAGACCACCCGUUCUGUGAGCGCUGUUUCUGGAGAUGACUCGGAAUCCAGCCUGGAGGGGCGUGCCCUGCCUCGAAUGCUGGAUGCUGCGCAGAGUGACUCGGACGACCUGCUCCAGCGCCUGUGCGCAUGGCGCCACCGGCAGUCCAAUGCGGCCGAAUCGGACUCUCUCAACGAGAACUGCCUGCCCACAACAGUGAGACCGCAACGGCGCAAGCGAAAGCUCAAGCGCAUGGCUGUGGACCUGGAGCCACCGUCUGGAGACUCGUCCCAAGGAUUGCCAGACAUCAGCAAGCCGGUGGCAUUAUCUCAUCCCAAGGGAACCACGGCUGGAGGAUCACAGCAGCUGUGCGGUCCUCCAGCAGCAAGAGCAGCUGCAGGCAGCCUGUGUGGCAAACGGAAGCGCAGCAUGCGCGAACGCAGCCUUGAGUCGGUAGGCCACCGACGUUCCUCUGAAUGCUGUGAUGACAUGGAGCUGGAGGAGUCAAAACCGCACCAUGGCGAAGCCAGUAGCAGCAGCCUGAGCAGCAGUGAGAGCGACGCUGGCAUCUUGACAAAUGACGAAGGUCGGGAAGGGGACGAUGAGCAGAGUGACUUCUUCCACGAGGGUGGACCCAGCUGCUGGUGGGAUGAACUGGAUGGGGAGCUGGAUGCCCGCUUUCAAGCCAUCUUGGCUGGUAGCCUCAAGCACCUGUCACCUGCAGCACGUCGAGCCUACCACAAUAAUGCCAAGGGUGGCAGAGCCAUUCGGUCCGGCCGGCGGAGGCUUGCCAAAUCAGUGGUGUCAAUUUCCCUCCCCACAACUUCAUCUCAUAGAUCGGUGGAGUUUCUGUCAAAAUCGGAGAACUGGCCAGGGUCUGUUUCGAGUGAGCGUGUUCCACGUACCUGCCUGGCAGAAGUAAAGCGCCGGCGUCGCACACCUCCCAUCGGACCCAUAGUCCCAGGAUUGGUAGGCAGUAAGGCUGCUCCCAUUGGAGAGUCCAGUGUGGGCCACCAACUGCUCCGGCGACUCGGUUGGGAGCCCGGCCGGGGACUGGGGCCAGUCGGUGCCGGGGUGCUGCUGCCAGUGCCAGCGCAUGUGCGUCCACGUGGUCGUCCAGGGCUGGGGUUUGCACCCCCACCACCACCACCUCCCCCUUCGCCACAACCCACAGCUCAGCAGACCGCUGUGGAGGGAGCCUCAUUGUCCAGCUGACCAUGUCUGCGGCCAACCACUCCUUCCACACUGCCAACUAGCAGGCUACAUCACCACACCCGGAAUCUCUUACCAGCAGCCACCUAAGGUCUGAAGGCGGCGCAUGAGCACUGCCAGCUACAGCUGCUGUAUGGGGUCUACCUGCAAAGCAUCCCUGGCUCUAAAGGCCAGGCAUCUUGUGGCAUCAUCAUCACUGCCUGAUGGAAUGCGAGUCUAGCAUGCUGAGCUCUUCUAGUGGUGAACUGGACAUUUGUGUGUGUGGCUCAGCAGUGGACUAAUUAAAAAGCUUGUACUCAGUGAUUUUUGGUUCCCUGAAAAAAUAAGGGGGCCGCGUUUCUUCUGACCAAUCAUGGACAUUUGUUGGUGUUGUUUUAGCAAGGGAGGUGCCCCAUCUUUUUUGUAUAGUCAUGGUUAGAACUGCUAGGUGUGCUGUCUCUUGUGGUGAGUUUUUAUUGCCAUUCCUGUACUGUCAUGACAUCAUUGCUCCAUUUCCUUUAAAUUUGGCCUUGACACUUUUUAUUGCUGAUGGUUGGCUUCAGUUCCUUUGUAAUUUAGAAGCCAGCGAAUAACACCAGUUAUUGCACUCCUUGUCAUAUGCAGUGACCGCACCUCUUGAUGAGAAGUGUUUUAGUGGAGCACCAUUUUACGAGCUGCUGUCUUCUAAAUUCCACUUUAUAAUAAAGCAUUUUGGAUAAAUGGAAAUGUGUAACGCCUCAUAGUAUUGCAGUGAAG